AUGGCUUCUUACUAUCUCCCUAAUGCCAACGUUGGCAACAAACAGAGUUCGGAAGAUUGGCGGGUCCGGGGUUACAACCCACUCACACCACCCGACUUACUACAACAUGAAAUCCCUCAGACACCAGCCUCGAAAGCGACGGUCCUCCAAGGUCGCGAAGAUUGUGUCGCGGUUGUGCAAGACAAAGACCCCAACCGGCGAUUGCUUGUCAUCAUCGGCCCCUGCUCCAUCCACGACCCUGUUGCGGCCCUCGAUUACUGCGACCGAUUAUUGAAGCUGAAACAAAAUUACCGGGAUGACCUGGUCAUUGUGAUGCGGUCGUACCUUGAGAAACCCAGAACCACGGUGGGCUGGAAAGGGCUGAUCAAUGACCCGGAGAUUGACGGCAGUUUCUUGAUCAACAAAGGUCUCAGGCUGAGUCGGCAACUGUUCGUCGACCUCACGGCCAAGGGGAUGCCGAUUGCGAGUGAAAUGCUGGAUACUAUCUCUCCACAGUUCCUUGCGGAUUUGCUGAGCAUAGGUGCCGUGGGAGCGAGGACAACUGAAUCACAACUUCACCGUGAGUUGGCUUCGGGGUUGUCGUUCCCGGUGGGCUUCAAGAACGGCACCGAUGGAACUUUGGGCGUGGCCAUCGAUGCCAUUGGGGCAGUCAGACAUCCUCAUCACUUCCUGUCCGUGACGAAGCCUGGUGUGGUGGCCAUCGUUGGCACGGUAGGCAAUGAGGAUUGCUUCGUUAUUCUACGUGGAGGAACGACGGGGACCAACUACGACAAGGAGAGCAUUCGCAAAGCCAAGGAGAAGUUGGCGGCGAAAGGUCUCAGUCCUCGGGUCAUGGUCGAUUGCUCCCACGGCAAUAGUGAGAAGCAACAUAAGAAUCAACCCAAAGUCGCAAGAGUUUUGGCCGAUCAAAUCGAGGAAGGUGAAGAGGGUAUCAUGGGAGUCAUGAUUGAGAGUCACAUCAAUGAAGGGAACCAAAAAGUCCCUCCGGAAGGGAAAGCAGGCUUGAAAUAUGGCGUUUCGAUCACCGACGCAUGCAUAGGCUGGGAGGAUACGGAGGCUGUUCUCGAGAUGCUUGCCACCUCGACCAGGAGGAGGAGAGAAAAACUUGGCAAAAAGAAUGUCAAUGGUGCUGUGGAAGAGAAUGGAAAUGGUCACGUUGGAGGAGUGGCAUGA